CCUAGGCCGGCACUGAGGCUCAGCCCCCGCCGCGAUGCCCAAGGCCCGGCGGCCGCGGGGCUCCGGCCCCGAUCCCGGCCCCAUGCUGCCGCUGGCCGAGCAGAUCCUGCGGGAAGGGGCCCCGCGGGCCACGGUGCGGGAGAAGCGGCGCGGCAGGCAGGCCGGCGAGGAGGAGGAUGGCGGCGAGGGUUAUGUGGACGCGCGGCUGUCCCGGCGUAUCCUGGAGCAGGCGCGGCGGCAGCAGGAGGAGCUGGAGGCCGAGCACGGCCCCGGCGUGCCUGCCGUCGCUAAGCAGCGGAGCACGGCGCUGGGCCCGGCGGUGCGCGGCCCCGGCUCGGACUCGGAGGACGACGAGGAGUGGCCCUCGCUGGAGAAGGCAGCGCUGGUGGCGGGACGGAGCGGGGACUAUGGCGGGGAGGUGGCGGUGGACCCCGAGGACGAGAAGGCCAUCGAGAUGUUCAUGAACAAGAACCCACCGCUGAGGCGCACGCUGGCAGACAUCAUCAUGGAGAAGAUCACCGAGAAGCAGACGGAGGUGGAGACAGCGCUGUCGGAGGUAUCCGGCUGCCCCAUGCCCCAGCUUGACCCCCGUGUCCUGGACGUCUACAAGGGGGUCAAGGAGGUGCUGUCCAAGUACAGGAGUGGGAAACUCCCCAAGGCAUUUAAAAUCAUCCCUGCCUUGUCCAACUGGGAGCAGAUCCUCUACAUCACAGAGCCAGAGGCCUGGACAGCAGCUGCCAUGUACCAAGCCACCAGGAUAUUUUCCUCCAACCUGAAGGAGAGGAUGGCUCAGAGGUUCUACAACCUGGUGCUGCUGCCGCGGGUCAGGGACGACAUCGCCGAGUACAAGCGCCUCAACUUCCACCUCUACAUGGCCUUGAAGAAGGCUCUGUUCAAGCCAGCAGCCUGGUUCAAAGGGAUCCUCAUCCCCCUGUGCGAGUCAGGGACCUGCACGCUGCGGGAGGCCAUCAUCAUCGGCAGCAUCCUCACCAAGUGCUCCAUCCCCGUCCUGCACUCCAGCGCAGCCAUGCUGAAGAUCGCGGAGAUGCAGUACAGCGGCGCCAACAGCAUCUUCCUGCGGCUGCUGCUGGAGAAGAGCUACGCCCUGCCCUUCCGCGUGCUCGACGCCCUGGCCUUCCACUUCCUGGCCUUCCGCUCCGACCCCCGCCAGCUGCCCGUGCUCUGGCACCAGAGCUUCCUGGCCCUGGCCCAGCGCUACAAGGAGGACCUCUCCUCGGAGCAGAAGGAGGCUCUGCUGGAGCUGCUCAAGUUCCACAGCCACCCCCAGAUCUCCCCCCAGAUCCGCAGGGAGCUGCUGGGCUCCAAGACGCGAGACCUGGAGGGGCCGGAGCCGGCGGCCCCGCGGUGA